UCGGCGAUUCCAUAAUUCUCGUGUCUCUUUUGAGACCAACUUGGUUGAUGAUGAUCAUGAUGAUUACGACUCCGGAAUCACGGUCUAACAUAUAACAUCGUCGUGUUUUUUUUUUUUUGGUUCGUUCGUCUUCCGGGCACCGGACUUUCGAUUUUAAUCCGGAGUUUUGGGGUUUUCCUUGUUUUCCAAGAGUAAUGAAUGCCGAUGUUGUUAUUAUAAUUAUCGGGGAUUUAAGCGGUUGGACUGUUAAUGGUUUUAAACGGUUUUAUGAGUGAGCAGUGGGUUUAAGUAUGUUUUUUAGAGUGGAACUGAAUCAUUUGCAGUUUGUAGUUUUUUUAGUUUUAUUAGUGAUUCGGACCACAUUUCAAAAAAUCGCCCUUCAUCCCGGCAGGGCGAGUAACCACUUGGACAUUUACACCUCGCCCUACGUAGAUACGGACUUUUGUAGAACCAUUCCCGGGUUGACCAAAUAUCAGCUCGAGCUUUGCAAGCAACAACCGGAUACCACCAUGGUGGCUCUAGAAGGUUUAAAUGAAGCUGUUAGAGAAUGCCAAAACCAAUUUCAAGGACACAGAUGGAACUGUUCAACCCUAACUACCAAGGGCAAAAACCCUUACAUCAGCGCUAUUUUACAAAAAGGUUACCGAGAAACAGCGUUUUCCUAUGCUUUAGCCUCCGCAGGGGUGACCAUCUCAGUUGCUAGAGCAUGCAGCUCAGCCGCCCUACAAAACUGCGGAUGCGACCAGAAAAUCUACAAAUUGCGCAACACUCGAGAUCUACUAUAUAAGGAAAACUAUCGGUACAUUCCAAAUAAGAGGAUUCCCGACGAACUUUCCAAGUCAGCUGGAUAUUAUCCUAACUUAGGGCCGACGUAUCAGGACCCUUUGCCCAAUAUGCAAUACUACCCGAGCCCUAAAGAGAAUGGGGUCACUAUGGAACAGCCUACGUCCUUUAAAUGGGGCGGAUGCUCCCAUAAUUUGAAGUAUGGAGUGAGGUUUUCCAAGAUGUUUCUGGAUUCGAGGGAGAGGGCUGGAGAUAUACAUUCCAGUACGAAUUUGCAUAAUAAUCAAGUGGGGAGGAUGACUGUGAAACACAAUAUGAAAAUCAACUGCAAAUGCCACGGACUCUCUGGAAGUUGCCAGAUAAAAACUUGCUGGAGAUCCACUCCAGAUUUGAAGUUAGUGGGGCAAAUUUUAAAGGAGAAAUACAAAUCUGCCCUGCUAGUGGACCAGUCUAAUUUAGAGAAGAAAAAUUUAAGAAAUCUUAAUGUAGUAAAUCCCAAACAAAAAAACAAAAAACUUCUACCAGCAAGGACAAACCAAGGACCCUUCCCGAAAAAAAAGAAACAAAAACGAGACAUGUCCGUCGAUUUGUUGUAUUACGAAAAAUCCCCGGACUUUUGCGACAUGAAUCCGGCCCUGGAUGUGCCUGGAACCAGUGGAAGAUUUUGCAACAGUACAUUACGGGAUGGCCAAUUUAGUUGUGCAGCCCUCUGCUGUGGCCGGGGAUACAAUUUAAUAAAACAGACCAAACUGGAGAGGUGCCAUUGUAAAUUCGUCUGGUGCUGUGAAGUCAAGUGCGACAUUUGCAAUAAUACGAAUUGGGUUAGUGUUUGUAAAUGAUUUUAUUGUUCGUCAUUUUAUAAUAUUUUUUUUAACAUUGUAUAAUUGUAUUGUAUUAGUGUAACAUAUCUGAAGCAGUAUUACUUCCAUUUAGAACAUAUUGUAUAGUAAACGAUAUUUAUUUAUUUAUUAAUCUUAGAUUAGUAACAAAUUUAAUUAAUAAAUUAUUGUUUUUGACAAUUAA